CAAUAAAAGUUAAUGGUGCUAAAAUACUUGUCUAUUUAUUUAUGAUCAUCCCAACCUGUAAUACAAUAAAUCUAUCGACGCAGUUUACAAUCUAGUGCAAUGAUUCUCAACCUUUUUUGUUGCGGCACGUAUUUAACAAUUUCAAAAUUUGGCGGCACACAAAGAAAAUAUAAAUUUAUUUACUUACUGCAACACACUGCAUAAAUAGUUUAUGACAAAAAUAUGCAAAAUUUGCCGAAACACAAAAGUGCCGCGGCAACUGUGCUCAGUUGAGAAUCACUGAUCUAGUGUUUGCCUGCGGCGCGGGGCGCGGGGCGCGGGGCGCGGGGCCUGUGAGGCACAUAUGUAUUUAAGAAGCUGUCCUGUUAUAAUAAAAGGAACAGACGACCGAAUAGCUAAAAAAAAUAUAAACACUUCGCUGAUCGGCUUCAAUAUUUUAAUGUUUAUGCGUGUCUUUAUCAUUUAAGACGAAAACGUCGUUUCAGUAUUCGGCGUUUAGCAGCAGUACGAUAUCAACAUCUAAGAUAUGACUUUGAAUUGUUUACGCAGAUAUGUACAGAUUGCAUCACGAACUUUUCACGAAAAAAGGUUGCACUGACCACCGCCGCGCAUACACCACUCCCGCGGAGUUGUCUCUUCCGGGGGAUGGUUUUGAAUGACGAUUCAUUAGAUCUAAACAAUAGUGUCGCUAUAUAGUUUAAACUUCAUUAUAUCGUUAUAGUGUCAUGAUUGCGAGACGGGUCUUGCACGUUGAUUGCCACCCGAUAUUGAAAAUUAUAUAACUUAUGUUCCACGCAGAUAACGUAUAUUUAUUAAUAAAUAAAGUGGGAUAAUCAUUAGACGGCCGGAGAGAAUUGUCGACGUCGCGCUAUCUUAUUUACUUUCGGCGUCAAAGGUUCCUACUAAAGAUACCGCGAGCGAUGCGCGGCAUCAGUCGCGACGCGGAGUGCGGGCGACGCUGGCUGCCACUCGCUGCCACUCGUUGCCACUCACUGCCACUCGCUGCCACUCGCCAUGGACACGGAGGAGGGCACGCCGCUGGCGGAGGAGCGGGGCGGCGCGCGGGGCUGGCGAGCGGCGCUGGCGCAGCGGCUGCCGGUGCUGCGCUGGGCGCGGCGGUACUCGCGCGCCGCGGCCGCCGCCGACGCAGUGGCGGGCGUCACGCUCGGCCUCAUGCUGGUGCCGCAGAGCAUCGCCUACGCCUCGCUGGCCAACCUCCCCGUGCAGUACGGACUCUAUUCGGCUUUCAUUGGCACGAUGCUGUACGUGGCGCUGGGCACGGUUAAGGAGGUUUCCAUCGGGCCCACCAGCCUGAUGGCGCUGCUGACGCUGCAGACGUGCCGCGGCCUGCCCGCAGACUUCGUCGUGCUUCUCACCUUCCUGUCGGGCGGCGUUGUGCUGCUCAUGGGCCUGCUGCGGCUCGGGUUCCUGGUGGAGCUGAUCUCGCCGUCGGUGACGAGCGGCUUCACGUCGGCGACGGCGGUCAUCAUCACAGUGGCCCAACUGAAGGGCCUGCUGGGUCUGAGCUUCGUUGCCGAGAGCGUGGCGGAGAACGUGGAGCUGAUUGCGGCGCGCUGGCGCGACGUGCGCCCGCCUGACUGCCUGCUCAGCCUGCUCUGCUGCGCCGCGCUGCUGCUGCUGCGGAAAUUAAAAGACGUGAAGGUGGGUCCGAAGCGGCGCAAGUUGAAGAAGGCGUUGUGGUAA